CCCCGGAACUAGAACCAGUGCCCUCGCGGGACUGCGGCAGGCCGCACUUCCGGUCCUGACCGGAGGGAUAUCGGCGACACACCCGCGCCUUUCGGGAGAAGUUGAACGCCGCGGUCUGCGGAGAAUCUAAGCUUUACAUUGCAUUGCAACUAAUCAGAGGCCAGUUUCUGCGCAUGAGCGGCGGGGGUCCCAGAGGUCGAGCGGCUCCUGCGGGUCUGAUACAGUGCUUGAUUUCUGGAGCCAUUUUCAAGCAAAAUGAGUUUUCUGCUGCCAAAACUGACUAGUAAAAAAGAAGUGGAUCAAGCAAUAAAAAGCGUAGCAGAAAAAGUUUUGGUUCUUCGAUUUGGGAGAGAUGAGGAUCCUGUUUGUCUGCAACUGGAUGAUAUUCUUGCAAAGACAUCUCAGGACCUAAGUAAAAUGGCAACCAUUUACCUGGUGGAUGUGAACAAGGUACCAGUGUAUACCCAGUAUUUUGACAUCAGUUAUAUUCCGUCUACUGUUUUUUUCUUCAAUGGACAGCACAUGAAAGUGGAUUAUGGGUCUCCAGAUCACACUAAAUUUGUGGGGAGCUUCAAAACAAAGCAAGACUUUAUAGACUUGAUUGAAGUGAUUUAUCGUGGAGCAAUGCGUGGAAAACUUAUUGUACAGAGCCCUAUUGAUCAUAGGAAUAUUCCCAAAUAUGAUCUUCUCUAUCAAGGAAUUUGACAUGACUAAACAAUUUAGAUGGCUAAACACUGAAACUGCAACAGUUGUGGACAAUUUUCUUAAAAUAUUUGCCACAUUUGAUACCACAAGACAUAAAAAAAGAACUUUUAAAAGCUUGUGGUUUCAUGUUGAAGAUCUUAUUGGUCAUCUGUUGAAGACAAACAAUCUGUCAUUGAAUAUUGUCCUUUAAAUAAAGCUGUGUGCUUUACUUA